CUUCUCUUUCUCUUUCAUUUUCUAAAACCCUACAAAACCCUCCCUGACAGUCUGAACCAUAAAACGCUAACAGAGAAACAUCUCAGUGGUUGAUUAACCUGAAAAUAGAGGGACGAGCUUCGCUAAGAUUUCGAGUUUCUUAAUCUAACAGAAAAUGGCAGCUUCUUCUAAGAAGAAAUCUCAGAAUAGGAAGUUGAAAGAUGGUCCAAAAUUUAAUAAAGAUUCGAAGAAGCCGUUUAAAGCUAAGAAGAAGGACUCAAACGACACUGUUCCUUCUGAAGCCAUUUCCUUGCAGCUGGAAGAUGACGUUCCUGAUUUUCCUAGAGGUGGAGGAAGCUCUCUGAGUCAAAGAGAACGCAAGGAAAUUCGGGCAGAAGCUGAUGCAGAAUUUGAGGCCGAGGAAAGGGUUUCGGUGAUGAAGAAGAAGGGAAAGAAAUUGCAAAAUAAGAAGCAUUUGGAAACUGAUGAUUUUGGUUCUCUUUUUGGUGAGGGGUUGACUGGAAAACUUCCACGAUUUGCAAACAAGAUCACAUUGAAGAAUAUUUCCCCUGGAAUGAAGCUUUGGGGACUUGUUGCUGAAGUAAAUGAGAAGGACCUUGUAAUUAGUCUUCCUGGGGGCUUACGUGGGUUAGUGCGCUCAGUUGAUGCAGUUGAUCCUGUUUUGGGUGAUGAAAUUGAGGACAUUGAACGUAAUCUCCCAAGUAUAUUCUACACCGGGCAGUUGGUUUCAUGCACUGUGUUGCAGUUGGAUGAUGAUAAGAAAGAUAAUGGCAAGAGAAAAAUCUGGCUUUCUUUACGCCUUUCAUUGUUGCAUAAAGGCUUUUCAUUAGAUGCUAUUCAGGAAGGGAUGGUUCUCAUGGCAUAUGUCAAAAGCGUCGAAGAUCAUGGCUACAUUCUUCAUUUUGGAUUGCCUUCUUUUAUGGGUUUUUUGGCAAAGAACAGCCAAAAUGAGAACACGAACUCUGAAGUGAAAACAGGGCAACUGUUGCAAGGAAUUGUUAGAAGGAUUGAUAAGACUCGUAAAGUUGUUUAUCUAAGUGCUGAUCCAGAUGCUGUUUCUAAAUGUGUGAUGAAGGAUCUUAAGGGAAUUUCAAUUGAUCUUCUUGUUCCAGGCAUGAUGGUUAAUGCCCGUGUACAGUCCACCCUCGAAAAUGGGAUUAUGUUGGCAUUCUUAACAUAUUUCACUGGAACUGUUGAUAUAUUUCACUUGCAAAAUGCUUUUCCCACUUCAAACUGGAAAGAUGAUUACAACAUUAAUAAGAAGGUCAACGCUAGGAUAUUAUUUAUUGAUCCCUCUACUAGAGCUGUUGGCUUGACUCUCAAUCAACACCUGGUCCAAAAUCAGACUCCUCCAAUGCCUGUUAAAGUUGGAGAUAUUUAUGAGAGCGCAAAAGUUGUUAGAGUAGAUAAAGGCUCAGGUCUUCUGCUUGAAAUCCCGUCCACUUCAGUGACAACUCCAGCUUUUGUUAGCAUAUCUGAUGUAGCUGAAAGUGAAGUAAGGAAGCUUGAGAAAAAGUUCAAAGAAGGAAAUAAAGUUCGCGUCCGAAUUCUUGGAUUUAAGCAUUUGGAAGGCCUUGCAACGGGGAUUUUGAAGGCAAGUGCUUUUGAAGGCCCUGUAUUUACCCACUCGGAUGUCAAGCCUGGGAUGGUCGUAAGGGCCAAAAUCAUAGCCGUUGACAGCUUUGGCGCUAUAGUGAAAUUUCCUGGUGGUCUGAAGGCACUUUGUCCUCUUAGCCAUAUGUCUGAAUUUGAAAUUACAAAGCCUAGAAAAAAGUUUAAGGUUGGAGCUGAAAUGUUGUUCCGCGUGCUUGGUUGCAAAUCCAAGAGAAUAACUGUAACACACAAGAAAACUCUUGUCAAAUCAAAACUUCCUAUUCUUGGCUCAUACGCAGAUGCAACGGAUGGGCUAAUAACACAUGGUUGGAUAACAAAGAUUGAAAAGCAUGGUUGCUUUGUCCAUUUUUACAAUGGAGUUCAGGGAUUUGCUCCCAGAUCUGAGCUUGGAUUAGAGCCAGGAGCUGAGGCAAUUUCAGUGUAUCAUGUUGGACAAGCAGUCAAAUGCAGGGUAUUGAGUUCUAUUCCUGCUUCACACCGGAUCAGCCUUAGUUUCAUAAUGAAGCCCACAAGUGUUUGUGAAGAAGAAGCUAUAAAGUUGGGCAGCGUUGUUGCGGGAGUUGUUGAGAAAGUAACUCCUGAUGCUGUGAUAGUAUAUAUUAAAGCCAAAGAUUACAUGAAGGGUACAAUCUUGACUGAGCAUUUGGCUGAUCACCAUGGCCAAGCUGCCUUGUUGAAGUCGAUCGUGAAGCCUGGAUAUGAGUUUGAUCAACUUCUGGUCUUAGAUAUUGAGAGCAACAAUUUGAUUUUCUCUGCAAAAUAUUCUCUCAUCAACUCAGCUCAUCAGCUUCCUUCUGAACUCAAUCAGAUUCAUCCCCAGUCAGUAGUCCAUGGUUACAUUUGUAACUUAAUUGAAAGUGGCUGCUUUGUUCGAUUUCUUGGGCGUUUGACUGGUUUCUCCCCUCGAAGCAAGGCAAUGGAUGACCCGAGAGCACAGCUUGCGGAAGCCUUUUAUAUCGGACAAUCUGUUCGGAGCAAUAUAAUUGAUGUAAGUAGUGAGACGAAUAGAAUAACACUGUCUUUGAAGCAAUCAAACUGUUCAUCUUCAGAUGCAUCCUUUCUUCAAGGAUAUUUUUGUCUGGAGGAUAAGAUUGCCGAGCUACAAUCUUUAGACUCCAAAGGACCUGACUUAUGGGUUGAAGGAUUUAACAUUGGCAGUGUCAUUGAGGCAAAAGUUCGGGAGUCUAAGGAAGUUGGGGUUGUUGUCAGCUUUGAAAAAUAUAAUGAUGUUCUCGGUUUUAUUGCACAUCAUCAACUUGGUGGAAUGAAAGUAGAAACAGGAUCUACAGUUCGAGCUGCAGUCAUUGAUGUUGCAAAGAGAGAUCACCUUGUUGAUUUAUCUCUAAAGCCGGAGUUUCUUGAUAAAUCUAUAGAUAAGGGUUCUACCAACCAGACUCACAAGAAGAAACGCAAAUUAGAGUCUAGGAGCUUGGGGGUGCAUCAGACUGUAAAAGCUGUUGUGGAGAUUGUGAAAGAGAACUACUUGGUUCUUUCAAUUCCUGAGCAUAACUACGCUAUAGGUUAUGCAUCAGUAUUGGACUACAACACGCAGAAGCUUCUGCCAAAACAAUAUCUUAAUGGACAAAGUGUUAUUGCCACUGUUAUGGCACUCCCAAACCCUUCUACUUCAGGGAGGUUGCUUUUGCUUCUGAAAUCGAUUAGUGAGAUAACUGAGACAUCCAGUUCAAAGAAGGCAAAAAAGAAGUCUAGCUAUGAUGUGGGAUCCCUUGUUCAGGCAGAGAUAACUGAUAAAAAGCCUCUUGAAAUGAGAUUAAAGUUUGGUAUUGGUUUCCGGGGAAGGAUUCACAUAACUGAGGUAAAUAAUGAUUGUGUGUUGGAAGAUCCAUUUGCUAACUUCAGAAUUGGCCAAACGGUGACUGCAAGGAUUGUUGCUAAGGCUAGCAAAGUAGAGAAUAAAAAAAGCAAUCUGUGGGAGCUGUCUAUUAAACCGAAAAUACUUACAGAUUACAAUGAGCCAGCGGACAAACUUGUGUCUGAAGAGCUUGAAUUUAGUUCUGGGCGAUGUGUUACUGGUUAUGUGUAUAAAGUGGACAGUGAAUGGGCCUGGUUAGCAAUAUCUCGACAUGUAAACGCACAACUUUUUAUUCUUGACAGUGCGCGUGAACCCAGUGAACUUCAAGAAUUCCAGAAACGCUUUCUUGUGGGAAAGGCUGUUAGUGGCAAUAUUCUAAGUUAUAACAAGGAAAAAUCACUGUUACGCCUGGUGCUACGUCCAUUAUGUGAUAGUACACAUGAUGGCAAGGCUCUGAAUAAGGAUAAUGUAAAUAAUGUUCCUCGUGAUACUGCUAGUGUUCAUAUACAUGAAGGAGAUGUCAUCGGUGGCAGAAUUGCCAAAAUACUUCCUAAUAUUGGCGGAUUGCUUGUGCAAAUCGGUCCCCAUUUACAUGGCAGAGUUCAUUUUACCGACCUUCAGGAUUCAUGGGUGCCUGACCCAUUAUCUGGAUAUCAUGAAGGGCAAUUUGUCAAAUGCAAGGUCCUGGAGAUCAGCCGGUCAGUGAGGAACACUAUUCACAUUGAUCUGUCGCUGCGCUUCUCUUUAGACGGCAUGGCUGGUCAAAAUUCAGCUGAUCUUUCAAAGAAAUUGGAUACUUCUACCGAGCAUGUGGAAAAGAUAGAGGAUCUUCAUCCUAAUACAAUCGUACAGGGUUAUGUUAAGAAUGUGACAACAAAAGGAUGUUUCAUCAUGCUUUCAAGGAAGAUCGAUGCCAAAAUUCUCCUUUCAAAUUUAUCUGAUGAAUAUAUUGAGAAUCCUGAAAAAGAAUUUCCCAUUGGGAAACUUGUGAUUGGCAGGGUAUUAUCUGUGGAGCCUUUGUCCAAGCGUGUUGAAGUUACUUUGAAGAAAUCAAGUUCAAGGAAUGCUGCAAUAUCUGGACCUAAUGAUUGGAGUACCCUACAUGUUGGAGACAUAAUUGCAGGCAGGAUUAAACGGGUGGAAUCAUAUGGUCUGUUUAUCACAAUUGACCACACAAACUUGGUUGGGUUAUGCCAUGUGUCGGAGCUUUCAGAGGAUCACGUUGACAAUAUUGAAACUAAAUAUAGAGCUGGGGAGAAGGUUACAGUGAGGAUCUUGAAGGUGGAUGAGGAAAGACAUCGAGUUUCUCUGGGAAUGAAAAAUUUGGAUAAUGGGAAUGAUAUGAGCAGACUGCCUUCAAAAGAAGAGUCUGACGAGGACAUUAGUGAAAAUGAUGCUGCUGAUGACAGUGGUUCUAAACGACAUGAGAGCAGUUCUCUUGGCAACCCUAGUGUGGAUGUUGAACCUGAAAAUGAUGAAUGUCCACUUCCUGCACAAGCAGAAUCAAGGGCUUCCAUUCCUCCACUUGAUGUCACCCUAGAUGACAUGGAGUUGUCUGAUGUGGAUGAUGUAAUCAAGCAAAAUCAAGAGCAAAUUGUAGAGGCAAAUGUGAUAGAUGAGAAGAAUAACAGACGGGAAAAGAAGAAAUCAAAGGAACAGAGGGAGGAAGAAAUUAGAGCUGCUGAAGAAAGACUGCUGGAAAAGGAUAUACCAAGAACAGCUGAAGAAUUUGAGAAAUUGGUUCGCAGUUCUCCUAACAGCAGUUUUAUUUGGAUAAAAUACAUGGCUUUCAUGCUCAAUUUGGCUGAUAUCGAGAAAGCUCGGUCAAUUGCUGAAAGGGCUUUGAGAACAAUAAAUUUCCGUGAAGAAAAUGAGAAGCUAAACAUCUGGGUGGCCUACUUCAACUUGGAAAAGGAAUAUGGAAAUCCUCCGGAGGAAGCUGUUAAAAAGGUAUUUCAAAGAGCAUUGCAGUAUUGUGAUCCAAAGAAGGUCCAUCUAGCACUUUUGGGUGUGUAUGAGAGGACUGAGCAGCAUAAGUUGGCUGAUGAACUUCUUGACAGAAUGUUAAAGAAGUUCAAGCAUUCAUGCAAGAUUUGGUUGAGGCGGGUACAGAGACUUUUGAAGCAAGAACAAGAUGGGGUUCAGUCUGUUGUUCAGCGUGCUAUUUUAAGCCUUCCCCGCCGCAAACAUAUCAAAUUCAUCUCACAGACAGCUAUCCUUGAAUUCAAAUGUGGGGUUCCUGAUAGAGGACGAUCUAUGUUUGAAGGAAUCUUGCGAGAGUAUCCAAAGAGAACUGAUUUAUGGAGUGUGUAUCUUGAUCAAGAGAUUAGACUUGGUGACGUGGAGGUAACUCGCACACUUUUUGAGAGAGCCAUUAGUUUGAGUCUCCCUCCUAAAAAAAUGAAGUUCCUGUUCAAGAAGUAUCUCGAGUAUGAGAAGUCUCUUGGUGAUGAAGAACGAAUCAACUCAGUUAAACAAAAGGCAAUGGAAUAUGUUGAGAAUGCACUGGCUUGAUAGUGAUUGGUCCUUUCCAGUUUGAACUUGCAAGCUUUUGGAAUGGCUUCUUGGCAUUGUACAGUAAUAUGUCCAUUUUCUUUAACAAGGAAUGAACAAACAGUGUGGCGAGCUACAAUUGAGCCUAACACAAAGCGGUCUAACUCGAAGGUGAUUGAAAUGAUAUGAUGUUUACAGAAAUUGCCCUUAAGAGUGCUGAUUUAGAGAAGGAUAAAGAUAUUGAUCUAAAUGGAGAUGAAAUGAGUAUUUGAUUCUUUUAAUGGUUAGACAUUUUGAAAAAAUGUAUAAACAUGUGGGAUUGUGCCCUAAUUUUGUUUCUAAGGGCUUUUCUUGUAUUCUUGAGAAACUUAUUAAUAUGAAAAAAGAAAGGAAAAACAAGGUCAUUCAAGAUAUAGCA